AUGACGGAAAAAACAAGUUUGGAUUAUGUGAAAGCGAUCGUUUCAAGUCUCGACUAUUCACUCGAUCAACGACAAUCGAGAGCGAGACUCGUUUUACAAAGAGCACUCACAUCAACGAAUGAGAUGGCGCGCAAGUGGUGCACUCGAUUUUUGGCUGUUCUUGCGAGUUUACCCAAUCUAAGCUUCAACAAUUGGGGCACGAAAUUCCUAAUUACACAGCUCGGCGACCCGUCAGCAAAAGUCGUCCGGCACGCGAUUCGAAUCAUUCUCCACCAUGCUCCACAAUUCGGUCAAUCGCUUCGCCUACUUCGAACAGCGCAGCUUGAUUCGUUUGGUGAAGCAGGGAUUUUAAUGAAAGCCGCUCUGAUCUCUGAAGAGGAACACUGCACGAAGAACCCAAAUGAGAUCACAGCGGCGAUUCGCUUUUGGAUUCAGUCUUUCAACAUUCGGUACGGGGAGAUCGUCGAAGAGGAGAUGAGAAUCGCGAUGCUCGGAGUGAGAAGAACUGUUUCUGGGCAUUUCGCUCGACCAUCACAUGAGAGAUUUGAGCGCUAUGGUGUACGUGCGCAUCCGCAUCUCCUCGGCGAGCUCACCAAACAUCAAACUGGCAAACAAUUGCUACAAAGUGAGGCUGUGGUCGACUAUCUCCUCGAGCAGAUCGGUGACGAGCAUGUGGCCAUUGUGAAAGGAGCGCUGCUUGCAUUGGGACAAAUCGGGAGACAGGACCCAAAUUUCUUGCCAAACGGGUGCGUCGCGCAAAUCAUUCGACUCGCCGAACAGGCUGAUGUGCUCUCGUUGCGUGGAACCGCCUUUUAUGCCCUUUGCCUAAUUGGAGCCACUCGAAUCGGCGCGAAAAUGGUGGCUCGUUUCGGCUGGGAGAGUAGCAGGUACAGGACGGUGAUCAAUGAGCUCCGCACUGAGCUCCGCGCCGUCUCCACCCCAACGCAUCGACCAACAACGAAUUUUGAUGGAUUAGGGACGCUGCCAAUCGAUCGUCGCUCCUCUCUCUUCACGGAUUCCCCUUGUCCAUCUCCUUCUCCACAACGUCUCCGCUCUCGUUCACUCGCCUCAGUCGGCGAAGUGAGAAACGAGAAAAAGAGGAAAAGUGCGCCAAGUAUUUUUGUCGAAUCGCCCCAAGAGUCGAGGAGUUUGAGUCCCCUUGGUUACAUGUCUCCUCGUGGGGAUCGCUCGCUCACCAUCGACAGCUUCUAUGCAAGUGCGACAACGGAAGAUGAUCGAAAAAGAGCAUUCAGUAUACUUGCGAGAUCGCUGGUUGAUGAAAAUGAGGAUACACCAAGUCGAUCAUCAACAAUGAACACAGGCCUCUUGAGCAACCCGAAAUCUCCACUUGAAGUCGAAUUGGAGAACUUGAUGAUGGCUUCGAGCUCGCAAAACGAGCAUUUCUCAACGAAAAAUCGUUUGCGAUGGAAACUGCAAGCACCGAGGAUUCGACAGUUUAUCCAGGUUUUCGAGAGUGUCGGCCAUCCAGUUCGCUACAAUUUGAUGACCAGAGAACAAUUGUUUGAGUUAGGCGAGUACAGCCUUCAAGCACUCGAUGAUCCGACUUUGCAUAAGGAGCUCGAGCUGUGCGCUGAGUUGCCCUCUCCAGCUCACUAUCCCCUUCCCUACAUCUCUCUGCCCACGGAGAUCGAGUUGAUCUGUCGAAAUAUCUUCAACAUGCCUAGGAGUGACAUCGCUUGUGAUGGCGGCUUUACCUCUUUUGAGGACCGAGGGGCAAAGAGUGGACAUGGACGGUUACGCUUGGAUCAAAUGAAAGCCCACGAUCGACACCGAUGCUUUUUCUGCACAAUUCCCGAGAGUCGAAGACCACAAAUCACAAUCGGAAACGACUCGGCUCAGCUGCGAUUAGAUGUGCUUCAGCUCAUCGAUCUCCUUGAAAUCAAGCGGAUCAUUCCAGAGAAGAAAUUGUUAAGCCUUCGCCGAAAACAUUCAUGGCUUUUCGAGUGGCCAUGCUUGUACGCGGAUGUUCUUGAAAUGUUGGAUCAAUAUAGAUUCAAAGUUCGCUCCCGUGCUUUCCUCCAAGAGAUCUUCUAUCAAGCGCUCAAGUUG